AUGAUCAGCCUGCCCUUGCUAGCACUGGCAACCGGGGCCGUUGCCUCGGCCUCAUGCUGGCGAAACACUUCCUGCACUGGCCCGUCGAAGCCCUCAUUUCCAGGCCCCUGGGACUCCAACAACUUCGCGCCGGGUUCAAGACUCAUCCAGCCAAAGUCUAUCCUUUCCCUCCCAGACGGCACAUACAUCUCUGACUACACUUCUGAUUCUCAUCCAUCCAUUACCACCGAGGACGCAGGGCUCGUCUUCGACUUCGGUCUUGAAGUCGGCGGGAUCGUCACGAUUGACUAUUCGUCGUCUGUACCGAAUACGACGCUAGGACUGGCCUUCACAGAGGCAAAGGAUUACAUCGGGCGCACGUCUGACAACUCCAAUGGUGGUACUGGAGCAGAUGGAGCCUUGGCUACCCUCCUCACGGAGGGAGAGGGCUCGUACACCAUGCCCGACUCCCAGCUCCGUGGCGGAUUUCGCUAUCUGGCCCUGUUCAUACCAUCGAGCUCCAGCUCAAAUGCGAGUCUGACGAUCCAGAGCAUCACCCUCGAGCUAGCUUUUCAGCCCACCUGGUCCAACCUGCGCGCAUACCAGGGCUACUUCCACUCGUCGGAUCCUGUGCUCAACAAGGCCUGGUACGCAGGCGCCUACACCCUCCAGACCAACUCCGUACCGCGCACAACGUGCCGCGUCUCCGUCAGCUCAGCCACAGGCUGGAAUAACAACGCCGUCUGCGGGCCGGGCGAGACCCUCUUGCUUGAUGGGGCGAAGCGUGACCGCUGGGUAUGGAUCGGCGAUAUGGGCGUUGCAGUGCCCAGUGCGUCCGUCAGUACUGGGGAUACCGAGAGUACGAAGAAUGCGCUACUCGCUAUCUGGGAUAAUCAGACACCGAGCGGGCUGUUGCCAAAAGCCGGGCCGCCGUACUUGAGGGCCGACAGUGACACGUACCACCUGUGGACGAUUAUCGGAACGUACAAUUACUUCCUCUUCACGGAGGACUAUGACUUCCUGGCUGGCAUCUGGCAGAAAUACGUCAAGGCGCUGGACUACAGUCUGGCCAAAAUCACUCCCCUUGGAAUCAUGAAUGCCACCCAGACUGCAGACUGGGGUCGCUGGAACUACGGUACUCUCGCCAGCUCUGCGAACAUGCUUCUUUACCGAUCCCUCACGACAGCCGCAUUCCUCGCUCCUUAUGCAGGAGACAAUCCAGAGAAUUACACCGAUCUGGCCAGCACCCUCCGCAGCGCCAUAGUAACGCACCUUUACGACUCCGCCGUCGGCGCCUUCAGAGACAGCCCCAACUCGACUCUCUAUCCGCAAGACGCAAACAGCAUGGCCCUCGCCUUUUCGUUCUUUUCUCAGUCGCCUCUCAACUGCAGCUCCAGCUUCAACCUGGCCGAGGCGGCCCGCGUUUCCUCCUACCUCGAAUCAAACUGGACCCCCAUCGGCCCAGAGGUGCCCGAAUUGCCUAACAACAUCUCCCCGUUUAUCUCGUCAAUCGAGCUAGAAGGGCAUUUCGCCUCAGGCCAUGCGGACCGCGCCAUCGAGCUGAUCCGCAUGCUCUGGGGGUGGUACCUCGCUCAUCCCAACGGAACGCAGUCGACCGUGCCGGAGGGGUACCUUGUGGACGGAAGCUGGGGGUACCGUGGCGACAGAGGGUACAGGAACGAUCCGCGGUACGUGUCUCAUGCGCACGGAUGGAGCAGCGGUCCGACCUCGACGUUGACCGAAUACGCGGUCGGACUGAAGAUCACGAAGCCCAAAGGCAGCGAGUGGAGCCUCAGGCCGGCGAGUUUUGGCAUCCAGGGCUUUGAGGAAGCGCAGGCUGGGUUCACGACGGGGCUGGGCAAGUUCAAGGCUGCGUUUAGGGUUCAGGGCAAGAGAGCGACUGUCACUUGGGACACGCCAGCUGGGACGAAGGGCUGGGUGCAGCUUCCAGGAGAGGAGGGGAGCUGGGUGGAGGGGGGAAUGGGGUCACUGACGGUGAAGCUAUAA